CCCCGCGACCCCCAUGCCAACCAUGAUAGAAAAGGGCCCAGAGGUCUCGGGGAAAAGAAGGGGCAGGAACAAUAAUGCCAGCGGCGCGGCCAGCGCUUCCAACAGCGCCUCCGCCAGCGCCAACAACGCUAACAAUGGGAAUAAUAAAAGUUUGGCAGCGGCAGCAGCGCCCAAUGGGAAUAGCAGCGGCAACAACUGGGAAGAAGGCAGCUCCGGCUCUUCCAGCGAUGAGGAGCACGGAGGAGGAGGAAUGAGAGUGGGACCCCAGUAUCAAGCGGUUGUUCCUGACUUUGAUCCUGCUAAACUUACCAAGCGAUCUCAGGAGAGAGAGAAUCUCGGUAUGCUGGUCUGGUCACCCAAUCAGAAUAUUUCAGAAGCAAAAUUGGAUGAAUACAUUGCUAUUGCAAAAGAAAAACAUGGGUACAACAUGGAACAGGCCCUUGGGAUGCUGUUUUGGCACAAACAUAACAUCGAGAAAUCUCUGGCAGAUUUACCCAAUUUCACCCCCUUCCCAGAUGAAUGGACGGUUGAAGACAAAGUAUUGUUUGAACAAGCUUUCAGCUUCCAUGGGAAAACUUUUCAUCGAAUUCAGCAAAUGCUUCCUGACAAAUCAAUAGCAAGUUUGGUAAAGUUUUACUACUCCUGGAAAAAGACAAGAACCAAAACAAGUGUCAUGGAUCGUCAUGCACGAAAGCAAAAAAGAGAAAGGGAAGAAAGUGAGGAUGAAAUGGAAGAAGCAAAUGGAAAUAACCCUAUUGACAUUGAGGCUGAACAAAACAAGGAGACCAAAAAAGAGAUCUCUCCUUUGCAGAUUCCUCCCGUGGAAACAAUUCCUCAGGUAAAGAAAGAAAAGCACAGUACCCAGGCUGCUAAGAACAGGGCCAAGAGGAAACCUCCCAAAGGAAUGUUUCUCUCUCAGGAAGACGUGGAAGCUGUGUCUGCCAACGCAACCGCUGCCACCACUUUGCUCAGGCAACUGGAUAUGGAGCUCGUCUCCAUCAAGCGACAGAUUCAAAAUAUCAAACAAACAAACAGCUCUCUGAAAGAGAAACUUGAAGGAGGAAUAGAGCAAUAUAGGUUAUCAGAGGUAACAUUGAAAUUUAAUGCACGCUGGACCACAGAUGAACAGCUUCUUGCAGUGCAAGCAAUCAGGAAAUACGGUCGUGAUUUUCAAGCAAUCUCUGAUGUAAUUGGAAACAAGUCUGUGGUGCAAGUGAAAAACUUUUUCGUAAAUUAUCGGCGGCGUUUUAACAUAGACGAAGUCCUACAGGAGUGGGAAGCUGAGCAUGGGAAGGCCGAGACAAAUGGAACCAGUACACAGAAACCCGUCAAAUCCCCGGAUAAUACUAUUAAAGUAUCUGAAGAAGAAGAUGAGGUAGCUACUUCGGUUUUGGAUGUCAGAUAUUCAUCCACUUCAUGAAAAACUCAGGUAGCUUAGAACAAGAUUAUGUUUGACUACUAUGUUAUCUGAAAUAUCAGGUAUUAGCAAAACUUCAGACAGCCAUCUGCAUCAUAACUCUGUGGACAAGCAGCUAUUACCAA